CACUGUUAGCUCCUCCAUGUUGCCUUGUUGAACCGCCCGGCUGCUUGUCACUUUUGCGGGAGCCGGGGUGGACAGUGAUACUGUAAAGGGCGGAAAUCUCGCCUCCGCAGUAGUUUCAUUGGUUGAUCACGCGUGGACUUGCUGUUCUUCAUGCGUGGAAAGUACUCACCUCGAAGCGGAAACGCAGCUCCCAGUCAGUGAUUCCUUUUAAUACCAAUCAUGAUCUCGUAGGACUCUGUAUAUAAUAUCUGGACACUGAAGGAUAUUUCCCUUAAGACCACUAGGCACCCACGCAUGUUCAGCAUGCUGUCUAUUUGUCACACUGAGGGCUGCGGUUCCCUCUGAUUUGCUUUCGUACGCUGGCUGGUAGCUUUGUUUACUGUGUAAUAUUUCCUGUGCAAGUCGUUUAAACUUCCAACCAUGGCCUGGGCAUUGAAGUUGCCACUUGCCGAUGAGGUGAUAGAGUCCGGCUUAGUGCAAGACUUUGAUGCCAGCUUGUCUGGAAUCGGGCAAGAGUUGGGUGCCGGCGCCUACAGCAUGAGUGAUGUGCUUGCCUUGCCUAUUUUCAAGCAAGAAGAAUCCAACCUGCCACCCGACAAUGAGAACAAAAUAUUACCUUUCCAGUAUGUACUCUGCACAGCUACCUCUCCUGCUGUUAAACUCCACGAGGAGACGCUCACUUAUCUCAAUCAAGGACAGUCCUAUGAAAUCAGAAUGUUGGACAACAGGAAACUGGGAGAACUGCCUGAAAUAAACGGAAAGUUAGUCAAGAGCAUCUUUCGAGUGGUGUUUCAUGACAGACGCUUGCAAUACACAGAACACCAGCAGCUGGAAGGAUGGAGAUGGAACAGGCCUGGAGACCGAAUACUUGACAUAGAUAUCCCUAUGUCUGUGGGUAUUAUUGACCCAAGAGCUAAUCCAACCCAACUAAACACUGUUGAAUUUCUCUGGGACCCUGCAAAAAGGACAUCUGUAUUUAUUCAAGUUCACUGCAUUAGCACAGAGUUCACAAUGAGAAAACAUGGAGGUGAAAAAGGCGUUCCCUUCCGGGUCCAAAUUGACACAUUCAAAGAGAAUGAGAACGGAGAAUACACUGAGCACCUUCACUCUGCUAGCUGUCAAAUCAAAGUAUUCAAGCCCAAGGGAGCAGACCGAAAGCAAAAAACUGAUCGAGAAAAAAUGGAGAAGCGCACACCUCAAGAGAAAGAGAAAUACCAGCCUUCCUAUGAAACAACUAUCCUCACUGAGUGUUCACCAUGGCCAGAGAUUACAUAUGUCACAAAUGCUCCCUCUCCUGGGUUUAACAGUACUCACAGUAGUUUUACCAUUGGAGAAGGGAAUGGCUCCCCAAAUCAUCAGCCUGAACCUCCUGCUCCUAUUGUUGAUGUGACUGUAGCAUUGACACCCGUACAGAAUCUUUUGCCAACAACAACACCUCAAGAAGCACAGCAAUGGCUUCAUAGAAAUAGAUUUGCAGCAUUCUCACGGCUAUUUACAAAUUUCUCAGGGGCAGAUUUACUUAAACUAACUCGGGAUGAUGUGAUCCAGAUAUGUGGCCCUGCUGACGGCAUACGACUAUUUAAUGCACUAAAAGGCCGGUAG